AUGUUUCUGUUAAGAGCACUGCCAGCAAUUAUUGCGGCUUUCAUCUUUGCCAUGAGCUGCUCCGCCGUCUCUUUUGAAGCCACCAGCACAAAAUAUUCAGCCAUUACAAGACAUUACAAGUUCAAUGUAGUACUGAAAAACAUUACCCGGUUGUGCCAUUGGAGGAGCGUUGUCACUGUUAAUGGGAAGUUCCCCAGUCCUAGGAUUAUUGCUCGAGAAGGUGAUCGUUUAGUGAUAAAGGUGGUGAAUCAUAUCCCGGAUAAUGUAACUCUUCACUGGCAUGGAAUUCGACAAAUUCGAAAUGGGUGGGCAGAUGGGCCAGCAUAUAUCACACAGUGUCCUAUUCAGACGGGGCAGAGUUAUGUGUACAACUUUACUACUGUUGGCCAUAGAGGAACUUUCUUUUAUCAUGCUCAUAUUUCGUGGCUAAGAGCUUCUGUCUAUGGGCCCUUAAUCAUCCUCCCUCCUCACCAUGCCUCUUUUCCAUUUCCCAAACCCUACAAGGUAGUCCCCAUAUUGUUCGGAGAGUGGUUUAAUUCUGAUCCUGAGGCAGUUAUUAAGGAGGCUCUUUGGACCGGAAACGGUCCAAAUGUGUCCGAUGCCUACACCAUUAAUGGUCUCCCAGGUUUCUUGUACAACUGUUCUGCCAAAGAUACAUUCAAGUUAAAGGUGAAGCCUGGGAAGAAAUACCUCAUUCGUCUGAUCAAUGCUGCACUCAACGAUGAGCUCUUUUUCGGGAUAGCUAACCAUAGUUUUACAGUUGUUGAGGCAGAUGCAGCCUAUGUCAAGCCAUUUCAGACAGAUAUAUUGUUCCUAGGACCUGGACAGACCACAAAUGUGAUUCUGGAAACCAAACCAAACUACUCCAAUGCCAGGUUCAUCAUGCUGGCCAGACCCUAUUUCACUGGCUUAGGAACCUUUGACAAUUCUACAGUAGCCGGUAUCCUUGAAUAUGUCCGGAACAAUCGUAACCAUUCAGAUUCUCCAGACAGGCUGAAACACCGUCAAGUUUUCAGACCAGUUCUUCCUCCAAUUGGUGGCACAGAUUUCGUUGCUGAUUUUACCAGAAGGUUUCGCAGUUUGGCUAAUCAGGAAUUCCCAGUCAAGGUGCCUAAAACUGUGGAUAGACAUUUUAUCUUCACAAUCGGAGUAGGCACGAAACAAUGCCCCGAAAACCAGACCUGUUUAGGACCUGGUGGGGCGAAAUUCUCAGGCUUUGUUAAUAACAUUUCAUUUAUUCUCCCCUCUGAAGCACUACUUGAAACUCAUUUUCUUGGCCAAUCAUUAUCGGAAAAGGAUCCUGAUCAUAAUCAGACAUGCUCCUAUGAUUUCCCUAGCUUCCCUCUAGACCCAUUUAAUUACACAGGGAACCCACCUAGUAACACUCUUGUGAAGCAUGGAACUAGAGUUGUGUUGCUGCCAUUUAAUACCAGUGUAGAGCUUGUGUUACAGGGGACUAGUAUCCUGGGUUAUGAGAGUCACCCUAUUCAUCUCCAUGGCUACAAUUUUUAUGUUGUUGGCCAGGGUUUUGGCAAUUUUGAUCCUGACAAGGACACUGCAAAUUUCAAUCUUGUUGAUCCUGUUUUGAGGAAUACUGUUGGGGUACCCUCCGGUGGCUGGGCCGCUGUUCGAUUCUUUGCAGAUAAUCCGGGGGCCUGGUUUAUGCACUGCCAUUAUGAAGCUCAUAUGAGCUGGGGGUUAGAGAUGGCUUGGAUAGUCAUGGAAGGAAAACUGCCAAAUCAGAAGCUGCUUCCUCCACCGCCUGAUCUUCCCAAAUGCUAA